UAAGGAUUAUUCACCAUAGGAACUUCUCUAUAAAUAACAACUCUAGCCUAAAGUCGAAAAGUAAAUCCUUAUCCUUAUCAAAUUCGAUACAAACAGAAAAGGAACUUUACCACGAGGUAAAUAGAGUGUCACAAAAAUAUUUACCUUGCACUAUAACAACCAUACCAAACAUCCUUAGCAACAAACCCCCCAAAAGCAACUCACCCUUUUCACAUCCACUAUGGACGAUGUCAUAUACAACAAAAACGACGACACAAACAUCGCCAUGGUCGUAAACGCAACACUAAUCGACAUCUACAACGGCGAAGACAUAAGCAUCCACGAAGGACAACCAUGGGCCUACAAAUUCGAAGUUCCCCACUGGCCAGAAGACGAAAACAUUCUACUCGGACGCGGCGAAGCCAAACUCGAAAUCAACAUGGGAUACAUGUUACACGGACACCUCUCCAUCAACGAAGGCAAAGAUUGGACGCGAACUGCAUUUGAAGUGGAUGAUGCGGUGGAAUUAUGCAGUGCGGCUAGAAUGGAAGAUCGAUGUCCGCAAUUUCACCUUGCGGGUUUUAUGCUUGAGGUUGAGGAUAAAUGGAUUACUUUGGGCUGGGAGAGAAAUGAUGAUGAUGUGGGAAAUUUUGCGUGGGUCUAUGUGAAGAUUCGUUGGGAGUUUGCUGAUGAGGAUAUGCUGUUUAAGCAGUAUUAUGUGGAGGGUUACAUGAAUGGAUAUGAUCGUAUGAAGGAUUGGGUUGCGACUUUGGUCACUCUUGCUCCUUGAUUUUGGGUGGGAAAUGAGUUGGGAUAAUCUCGGCGCUGGCAUUGGCUUACAUCGGGAUAUAUUGUGGUGGUUUUGACACUGGAGUUGCAAACAAGUUGUAUUUACGCGUUGCAUUAUGCGGAAAUUUUCUUUUCAGCAACUUUGCGGCAUCCUCCGCGACCGGAAAUAUAGUGAUGGAUG